UUCAGGAUUCUUGGCCAUAUGCUAGUCUAAUAACUAACCUUAGAUUCUGUGUUUAAUGAGUUGUAGAAAACUUAUUCUUUUGUUGUGAUGGCGGCGAAUUUAGUGCGAUUGUCAAGAUGUUCCAAUCACUUAAAGUGUGUCGGAAGUGGUCGACUUCUGAGGAUUGAAGGUGCCUCAAGAGUGAGUACUGAAACAACAAAUCUUCACAUGUCAACGAAGCAUUUGGCAAGAGACAAUCAACAACAAUCACAAUUGUUGCAAAAAUGGAGUAGGACUGAUAAAACAUAUUUCUGGAGAUUCAUACAAACAAGUUCAACUUCAUUGGAGGCUGUCACAGUAAACUGUCCUGCAUUUGCUGAAUCUAUUUCAGAAGGUGACAUUCGUUGGGAAAAAGCUGAGGGUGAAGCAGUUGAAGAAGAUGAAACUGUGGCUGAAAUAGAAACUGAUAAGACUUCAAUUCCAAUAGCCGCACCAUCAAAAGGUGUUGUUGAAAAACUGCUUGUUGAAGAUGGUUCAACUGUUACCCCAGGAACACCUCUGUUUACAAUAAAUUCGGACGGUGCGGCAGCAGCAACUCCUAAAUCUGAGCCAGCGGAUGUUCCUGCUCCUCCAACACCCACCCCUGAUACUCCCGCUUCAUCUCCCCCUAAAGAGAUUCCUUCAACUUUACCUCCUGCUCCUCCUGUACCUACCCAACCAUUGUCAACCAUUCCUGUUGCUAGUGUUCCAGUCACACCUGUCAAAACUUCAACGCCAUCUGUUUCAACAGAGCAAGUUACUGGAGCUAGAACAGAAAAUAGGGUGAAAAUGAACCGAAUGCGGCAGAGGAUUGCUCAACGACUGAAAGAUUCGCAAAAUACUGCUGCAAUGUUAACCACAUUCAAUGAAAUUGAUAUGACAAAUAUUAAAGCAUUGCGCAAUAAGUAUAAAGAUGAUUUUUUGAAGAAACAUGGAAUAAAAUUAAGUUUCAUGUCAGCAUUCAUUAAAGCAUCUGCCUAUGCUUUGCAAGACCAACCUGUUGUCAAUGCAGUGAUUGAUGAUGCUACCAAAGAAAUGAUAUAUAGAGACUAUGUUGACAUCAGUAUCGCCGUAGCAACACCCAGAGGCCUGGUUGUUCCUGUAUUGAGGAACUGUGAAGCCAUGAACUAUAAACAAAUUGAAAAAGAAAUGAACGAACUUGCAGCUAAGGCAAGAAAUAAUGAACUUGCAGUUGAAGACAUGGAUGGGGGAACUUUCACAAUUAGCAAUGGUGGUGUUUUUGGAUCAAUGUUUGGUACACCUAUUAUUAAUCCACCUCAAUCUGCAAUUUUGGGAAUGCAUGCUAUUUUUGAUAGGCCAGUUGCAAUUGAUGGAAAAGUUGAGAUACGUCCCAUGAUGUAUGUUGCUUUAACGUAUGAUCACAGGCUGGUGGAUGGCAGGGAAGCUGUCACGUUUCUACGCAAAAUCAAGCAAGCCGUGGAAGAUCCACAGAUUUUACUUUUAGAUUUAUGAUCGCACAUAUAGUAGACAAGAAGAUUCAUUAUUAUA